AUGCAGGCUCCGUUUCGCAAGGCCGACCGGUUCCAGUCCUCGCGUGGCCGCCAGGGGGCGCGAGUUUGGCCGGCGGCUUUCCAGAGGACCUGUCUCCCAGAAGAGAAGAGGAAGCCUGGGAGGACAGAGAGAGCCACGUCAGUGCUCCUGGCUGAUCCCUGCUUCCAGCUCCGCUCCAUAUCCUACCUGCUGGGGCAGCUGGAGCCCCCUGCCCCUGGCACUGCCCUGCCUGCCCCUGACCGGAAGCACUUCUCCCUGCAGAGCUAUACAGAUUACAUCAGCGUGGAGGAGCUGGCCCAGGUGGAACAGAUGCUGGCACACCUAACCUCUGCAUCUGCGCAGGCGGCAGCUGCCUCCCUGCCCACCAGUGAGGAAGACCUCUGCCCCAUCUGCUACGCUCACCCCAUCUCUGCUGUGUUCCAGCCCUGUGGCCACAAGUCCUGCAAAGCCUGCAUCGACCAGCACCUGAUGAACAACAAGGACUGCUUCUUCUGCAAAGCCACCAUCGUGUCAGUGGAGGACUGGGACAAGGCAGCCAAUGCAAGUGCCACUUCCUCGGCUGCUUAG